AUGUAACUUUUUUUUUAUUUUGAAAGAAACAUUUAAAACCCAUUUUAGGGUUUCAUUUUGCAGCGACAGAUCCGACUUGUUUCAUCCUUCACCCGCCUAUUCAUCGCUGAUUCUUUGAGCAACAAUCAAUCAAUCCAGAUUCGUAUUUCACUAAAGAGACAAUGGGAUGGAAAGCUGCUCAGAAGCUCAUACAUCACUGGAAGAUUUUGAGAGGAGAUAAUGUGAUGAUAAUUAGGGGCAAAGAUAGGGGUGAGACCGGCAUGAUAAAACGUGUGAUUCGCUCUCAGAAUCGUGUUAUUGUCGAGGGAAAGAACCUGGUAAAGAAACAUAUAAAGCAAGGGCAAGGUCAUGAAGGUGGGAUCUUUACUGUAGAAGCCCCUCUUCAUGUCUCAAAUGUUCAAAUUGUUGAUCCAGUUACAGGGCAGCCUUGUAAGGUUGGAAUAAGGUAUCAAGAAGAUGGUACUAAAGUAAGAGUUUCAAGAGGCAUAGGAGCAUCAGGGUCGAUUAUUCCUCGUCCCGAGAUUUUGAAAAUUCGGACUACUCCACGCCCAACAAUCGUGGGGCACAAGGAUACUCCUAUUGAGCUGGUGCAGGAGAAGACAUAUGAUGCUAAAACUGGUAAGGGCAUGCCAGAUCUUUAAUAAACCAAUCAGGCAGACAAAGCAUGUUUUAAGUGACAUUGCUAAUGAACAUGUUUGUUUAUUUGUUUUGUUUUCUGAGUGUCAUAAGAUAUAUAUCAUUUAAUAUGUCACAAUGUUUUUGUUACACAUGGUGGCCUCUAACCAGCGAAAUCAGGUAAGUCGCAGCUUGUUCUGAGACGUGGAAAUCAGAUUGUAAUCGUAUUUGAAAUCAAACCAAAUUCGAAUUUGGGUUUAACAAAUAUCUUUAGUA